AUUUAUUUCAAAAAUAGAAGAAGUACUGAAUGACUGGAAGCUUAUUGGGGUCUCUUCAGGCAAACCUCUUGAAAAGGGUGUAUACACCACAGGAACAUGGGAAGAGAAAUCAGAUGAAAUCUUUUUUGCAGACUUCAAAUUCUCAGUUACCCAUCAUUACCUUGUACAAGAACCUGGUGACAAAGAUGGGAAAGAGGAACUGGCAGAAGAUGCCCUUCCUCUGUCUAUGCAGGACUUGCUGUGCAUGAACAAUGACUUUCCUCCUAGAGCUCACUGUCUGGUAAGAUGGUACGGUUUACGGGAGUUUGUGGUUAUUGCUCCAGCUGCAAAUAACGAUGCAGUUCUUAGUGAAUCCAAGUGUAACCUCUUGCUGAGUUCCAUUUCCAUUGCAUUGGGGAACACUGGCUGUCAGGUACCACUGUUUGUGCAAAUCCAUCAUAAAUGGCGACGAAUGUAUGUUGGAGAAUGUCAGGGUCCAGGAGUUCGAACUGACUUUGAAAUGGUUCAUCUUCGCAAAGUGCCAAAUCAGUAUACUCAUUUAUCAGGAUUACUGGAUGUCUUCAAAUCCAAGAUUGGAUGUCCUUUAACACCACUGCCUCCAGUGAGCAUGGCUAUUCGACUUACGUAUGUGCUUCAAGACUGGCAGCAGUAUUUCUGGCCACAGCAGCCACCAGAUAUAGAUGCUCUAGUUGGAGGAGAAGUUGGAGGCCUUGAGUUCGGGAAGCUACCUUUUGGUGCCUGUGAGGAUCCUAUUAGUGAGCUUCACUUGGCCACCACGUGGCCUCACCUCACAGAAGGUAUAAUUGUCGACAAUGAUGUUUAUUCUGACCUGGAUCCUAUUCAAGCACCUCAGUGGUCUGUGAGGGUCAGAAAAGCAGAUAACCCCCAGUGUCUGUUGGGUGACUUUCUUACUGAAUUCUUCAAGCUUUGUCGACGGAAGGAGUCAACGGAUGAGAUACUUGGGAGGUCUGCAUUUGAAGAGGAAGGAAAAGAGGUUGCUGAUAUUACCCAUGCUCUGUCGAAGCUCACAGAGCCAGCACCAGUCCCGAUCCAUAAAUUGUCAGUCACAAAUAUGGUUCACAGUGCGAAGAAAAAAAUUCGCAAGCACAGAGGUGUAGAUGAAUCACCUUUAAACAAUGAAGUUCUGAACACUGUUCUUCUGUUCUUAUUUCCUGAUGCUUUUGACAAACUCGCAGAUGGAUUUGAAAGCAGAACUAACACUUCAGCAGGGAACAAUCCUCCUCCAGAGCAUGAAGAUUAUAAUCUCUUCAGUCAGUUUAAAUCUGCUCCUUCUGAUAGUCUGACGUACAAACUAGCUUUAUGUCUUUGUAUGAUAAACUUCUACCAUGGAGGAGUAAAAGGAGUGGCACAUCUUUGGCAAGAAUUUGUGUUAGAAAUGCGCUACAGAUGGGAGAACAACUACCUUAUUCCAGGAUUAGCUAAUGGCCCUCCAGAUCUGAGAUGCUGUUUACUGCAUCAGAAACUACAGAUGUUAAAUUGUUGCAUAGAAAGAAAGAAAGCAAGAGAUGAGGGGAAAAGGGGGAGCGUAUCUGAUCGUUCACCUGGUGAUACUGGAAAAGGAGCAGAACACUGUGGAGAGAACCCUGAUAAGGAAAAAGAAGUUGGCAAGUCUUGGGAAUCGUGGAGUGACAGCGAGGAGGAAUUUUUUGAAUGUCUAAGUGACACAGAAGAUCUCAAAGGAAAUGGGCAGGAAAAUGGAAAGAAAGGAGGAGCAAAAGAAGGCAACAAAGAACCUGUAAACUUAAAACCAGAAGGUCGUCUGCACCCACAUGGAAAGCUGAUGCUGCUGCAUCCAGGAGAGCCUCUCUACAUUCCAAUCACACAGGAACCAGCACCCAUGACAGAAGAUUUGCUGGAAGAGCAGUCUGAGGUACUGGCAAAACUAGGGACAUCAGCAGAAGGUGCACAUCUUCGGGCGCGCAUGCAGAGCGCCUGCUUGCUCUCAGAUAUGGAGUCUUUUAAGGCAGCUAAUCCUGGCUGUUGUCUGGAGGAUUUUGUGAGGUGGUACUCCCCUCGGGAUUACAUAGAAGAAGAAGUGGUUGAUGAAAAGGGAAAUGUAGUAAUUAAGGGAGAGCUGAGUGCCCGAAUGAAGAUUCCUAGCAACAUGUGGGUCGAAGCCUGGGAGACAGCAAAACCAGUCCCAGCCCGGAGGCAAAAGAGACUCUUCGAUGACACUAGAGAGGCAGAGAAGGUGCUUCAUUACCUUGCAGUUCAGAAACCAGCUGACCUUGCACGGCAUCUCUUGCCUUGCAUUAUCCAUGCCGCUGUACUCAAGGUAAAGGAGGAAGAAGCAGUAGAAGACAUAUCUUCAGUUAAGAAGAUUAUUAAGCAGACAAUAUCCCAUUCCAGUAAAGUUCUACGAUUCCCCAAUCCAGAGGACAAGAAGUUGGAAGAAAUCAUUGCCCAGAUUAUGAGUGUGGAAGCUAUCAUCGCCAGGGCCAGAUCUCUGAAAGCAAAAUUUGGGGUAGAGAAAUGUGAAAACGAGGAGGAGAAAGAAGAUCUACAAAGAUUCGUAAACUGUCUCCUGGAGCAGCCAGAAGUGUCAGUUGUUGGUGCAGGAAGAGGACCUGCUGGUAGCAUUAUUCACAAGCUGUUCCUGAAUGCUCAGAGGCUGACUGAAUCUUCUGAUGAG